UGACGUCAUAGAUCAUCCGAUCUACGUCAUGCAUCCCUUCUCUCGUCUCGUACGGUUCGUCCACCAUUGCAAUUGUCAAAACGACUUCACGCGAGGCAGCUCCGAUUCUUGCACGACACCGGUGUCUAGAUUUCGCGUACUUUGAUAACCUUGGUGGUUUGUAGAUACUGUUUCUCUAUCAGAAUAUUCAUUAGAUAAUUAUAGCAAAGUGCCGGGUUUUCGUGUACACGAGGAAUACUCAAGCGUGAAGAAGUGUCAACGUGCUCGCGAUAACUUUAAAAUAGUUCACGUAUUUCCCGGUAGAGCACGGAGCACACUGCGGGAAUUUACAAAAAGGCUCCGAAGGGAUUGCAUGGAUAUCUACAAGUUGAAAGUUUGAAAAAAAUGUCUAGAAAGCGUGCAAGGGACGACACGAUGCUGAAUUCUAUGAGCUAUGGGGACAACCAAAAUGGAGAAAAUGCUUCCUGUUCCAGAGAAGACUCGCCGGUUUACCCGUCAAUUUGCAAAGAAGCCCCGUUCAGCGACGAUCAAGAAGCCCAAGCAGAGCGUGAUGCCUGCGAUUACCGGACUAAGAUUACCCUGAAAGUGGCCAGGAGUGGUAAAGCUCCAAGAAGAGUGAGAGUCUAUGCUGACGGUAUUUAUGACCUGUUUCAUCAGGGCCAUGCCCGACAGCUGAUGCAGGCUAAAAAUAUCUUUCCAAACGUCUACCUUAUUGUCGGAGUGUGCAAUGACGAAUUGACUCAUAGUAAAAAGGGUAGGACAGUUAUGACUGAUGCCGAAAGAUAUGACGCUGUCAGACAUUGUCGAUACGUGGACGAAGUGGUACGGGAUGCACCAUGGGAAUUGGACGAUGAUUUUCUUGCUAGGCACAAGAUUGAUUUCGUUGCCCAUGACGAUAUCCCAUAUAUGACCGAGGAAGGCGAUGACGUUUACGCAGCUCUUAAAGUAAAGGGAAUGUUCGUAGCUACGCAACGUACCGAAGGUGUAUCCACGUCGGAUAUCGUAGCCAGGAUAGUCAAGGAUUACGAUAUCUAUGUGCGAAGAAAUCUGGCACGUGGUUACAGUGCUAAGGAAUUGAACGUAUCGUUUCUGAACGAGAAGAAGUUCCGAUUGCAGAAUAAGAUUGAUGACCUGAAGGACAAGGGUAAACGCGUGAUGGAAAAUAUUGGCGAGAAGCGCGUGGACAUGAUAAGCAAGUGGGAAGAAAAAUCAAGAGAUUUCAUAGAAGCAUUUUUGCUUCUUUUCGGCAGAGAAGGCCGCCUGUCCACUAUAUGGAACGAAAGUAAAGGUCGCCUAAUGCAGGCCCUAUCACCACCGGCUAGUCCGAAACGGGAUGGGAGUCCCAAUAGCAGUAAUAGCAGCAAUCACGGCGAAGAUCAGAGCAGUCCUCCGCCGAAGAAAUCGGGUCGCUUUGAAUUCUCGCCCAAUAGCCAUUACUUGAGCGAUGACUACAGCGACGACGAAGAAGAACGUCAACACUCUAAGUGAUCCUCAUGUUAGGAUAUCUCAUUUUUUGAUUAUUUUAUUCACGAGACUCGCAGCAGAUACUGGCAGUACGGCACCGCCUAACGAAACCAAACAAAUAACAUGGUGCGAGGAGAAUUUCUAGAGAAUUUGCAAUUUCUUUGCAAUCCUAAGUUUAAUCGUUUCGAAUAACUGGACUAGAAAAGUGUGAAUAUGUUUGUAGUAUACUUUUACGUCGCUGUGCGUCUGCAUGAAUGCCUACGACUGAGAAUAACUAUGCUAGGAACUUCUUGGAUGUUCUGCAAUCGGAAACGAAAAUCGUCGCGAACAUAAAGAAUUUCUUCGUCCCACGUAUUAUAAAUAACUUCGGACCACUUUGACUCGCGGUAAUUAUACUUUUUCUUUUUCUGAAGAUCGAACUUUUUACUCGAAUUAGUUGUCCCAGUUUGAAUUUAUAUUGUGCGAAUCGAAUCGCAAUUUUUUUGGCGUCUCAGUUUUCGUAGAAUAAAAGACCCAGAACAGUGAGUAUAAGCGAACGGGACGGAAAAGAACAGCCGUAUUAUUGUUCCUUUUCUUUUUUUUUUUCAAAAAAGUUAUUUAUCAUUUUUACUAAUAAUUAUUCAAGUCCAUCCUAUACUUAGCCCCGAAGUAUGUAAAUGUGGUGGAAAGAUACGAGUUGUCAGUUGAAAAGCAAAGGAACGACAUCAUGAGAGAUUAAUAAGUCGCCAUUGUUUAAGGCGUUUAAAUUUAUUUUAAUUACUAUUAAAAGAGAACAAAAUUCGACUAAAGGAUAAAUGAUUUUCAUUUC